ACACCCCGGGCCAGGACCAGAGAGACACUUUGCCAAACGAGAUUAGACGAGAAGUAUAAAAGCUGCGCAGCCACUGAGCCCAGCUCAGCUGUCCGAGAGCACCGCCUCCUUCCUUCCCCGCCCACGGCCCCGCGUAGCCUCCGGAGGAGCCAGAGGCGGGCCGACCUUUGCUCGGUCGGCCCCGGAGCAGCCCGGCCGGCCGGCCGCGGAGGAGCCAAGCGUUGGCGCUCCCGGACCCCGAGCCCUCCCGGGGCCGCGCCGCUCUCUGCGCGCCCCUCCCGCCCGGACCGGUUUCUGGACGCCCGCACCUCGGACCGGGUUUCGGUCACACCCGCCCGGCCCCGCGAGUGGUUUCGAUUGCGGCGAGCCGGGAGGGCGGAGCGGCCGGAGCGCCGGGAGGGAGCUAGGCGAGGGGCAGCUGCAGGGAGGACCGUCCCGCAUCGGAGAGAGACCGCGGGGCGCAGGCCCCACCCCCCACCCCCCACCGCCCGCGGAGGCCCCCUGCCCACUUCGGGGCAGGAGCCCCGCGCUUCCGGGGCCGUCGGGGCCUGAGAUCGCGGGGUCCCAGGACCGAGGAGGCAUCGGCGGAGAAGGCAGGCAGCAGGUGAGCGCCCCCGGGAGCGCGCCCCGCCGCCGGGAGAUGCGGACGCCGGCGGCGAUGACGCUGGGCAUGGUGCUGGCGCCCUGCGGGCUGCUGCUGACCCUCACCAGCACGCUGGCGCCCGGCUGGCGCCUGGUGAAGGGCUUCCUGGACCAGCCGAGGGACGUGGUGCUGUACCAGGGCCUGUGGGACAUGUGCCGCGAGCAGAGCAGCCGCGAGCGCGAGUGCGGCCAACAGGACACGAUGGGCUACUUCCAGGCCGAGCCGGUGCUGGUGGCCCGCGCGCUCAUGGUCACGUCGCUGGCCGUCACGGGCCUGGGGCUGCUGUUGGCGUCGCUCGGGGUGCGCUGCUGGGAGGACGAGCCCCACUUCGCGCUGGCGGGCGCCUCGGGCGUGGCGCUCUUCGCCGCCGGCCUCCUCAGCCUCAUCCCCGUGUCCUGGUACAACCACUUCCUGCAGGACCGCGCCGUCCUGCCCGCGCCCGCCAGCCCGGUCACGGUGGAGGUCAGCUACAGCCUGGUGCUGGGCUACCUGGGCAGCUGCCUGCUGCUGCUGGGCGGCCUGGCGCUGGCGCUCAGCUUCGCGCCCUGGUGCGAGGAGUGCCGCCGCCGCCGCCGCAAGGCGGGGGCCCGCGCCGCCGGCCAGCGCCGCCCCAGCAUCAGCACCGUGACCAUCGACUGGCCCCAGCCCGUGCUCCCGCCCGCCAUCAAGUACUACAGCGACGGCCAGCACCGGCCGCGGCCCGCCGACGCCGGCCCCGCCGCCCCCGCCAAGCCCAAGGUGGGCUUCCCCAUGCCGCGGCCGCCGCCCAGGACCUACACCAACCCCCUGAACGUGCUGGACGGGGAGACUGAGGUCAAUUCCCAGGGCGCGUCCUCCCGCAGCACCCGGCCCUGCCAGAGCUCCCUGCCCUGCGACUCCGACCUGUAAGCGGCGCCCGCCAGCCAGCCCGGAUGGGGGGACUGGCCAGCCACAGUCCAGCUCUGAGCAGCUGGAUACACCUGGCUGGGGUGGGAGCCCUGGACUCCUGUCCUGCUCCUGUAAGAUGGUUUGGAGGGUGAUCGUCCUUUCCUGCGGCCAAAUUGGACUCCGUGGACGAUGGAUGCAGGUUGGGUUUGGUUUUUCUUUGUAACAGAGGUUAGAUUUUUCUCUCCAAAGGGACCACACCAGGGGCUUCUUUACAGAGGGACAGACUUCUCCUGCUUUGAGCUGAAGGACAUGGAGCGACUUAGCAUCUUGUUGAGCGGGGACUAUAACAACAACAACAACCAGUCCAGACCAGCCCAUAGAGGCUCAAAAACUAUUUGACACCUUGAAACCAUGUUCUGAAAUGCCGACGGACUUUUGCAGCGAUGUCAUUAAGCGUUAUUCAUUUCUUUCCGCCGUAUAAUUGCUUUUCAUGCAAUCUCUCAGAGACCCGCGUGUUUCUGGCUAUGUAUGACUGAGGCUCUUAAAAAACGAACUCUGAGCCGUGCACAUAACCAGCAGCUAACGUUGGUGGCUUUUAUGGAAUGAAAUGACCUGGUUAACCUAUAUUUACAUUUCUUUAUGUACACCUAGCAUUUACCUUUUUUUUUUUUAUGACUUGUUUUUGGUGUGAAAGUUGAGGUCACACCAGAGUUUCCCUUUUAGAAGCCAAAGAAUGAAAGGACUAAUGCUAUAAUGUAGUUUUGUCCCUCGGCUGCCUCGCUCUAGACUCUAGAGUCUAGAGAGAGAAGAUCAGGGAUUAAACAUUGGUGCAGAACAGAACAUGCUGAUCACAUUAGGUUAAAGUGCACGUAUUUAUAUAUCUCUCAUUUAUAAAUAAAAGUUGAAAGUGAGACUUUCA